GAAGCCUGGGAUGGAUGCACGAUCCAAUAUGUGAUCACACCAGAUGGUCAUCUUAAAUAUGAGGGAAGCUCCUUUCAAGUGAAAUAUACGGGUGUCUUUGAGAAAUUGGUUGAACACUUUUAGUAGGAAGAAAAGAUCGGAUAAUGAUAUCUUUGAAUUUCUGGGCUCGGAGAAGCUCUACAGUAUAGAUAUAAUAUUACAGGUUCCAUUGGCAAUAUCAAUGAGGACGUUGUCAUUACGGAUUCAGGACAAGUUCUCUUCUGGAACUGGGCUCCAGGAAGUAAAAAUUUCCAAACAGAAUUCGGUAUACUCAAAGAUUUUAUACAAGAUAUCAGAGUGCUAGCAUCUAAAGGUGAUCGUCUUGAUGCAUUUGUGAGUUUCAUCACAGACAUUCUUGGUGGGGCAGUUCCUGCUACUGAUUGGCAAUUAUUGCUUUUCAAUUAUCCAAUAUUCAUGGUCGCGAAACAGUGUGUGCGGUUUCUUGAAGCUUUGCACAAUAUGGUGUGUGAUUCAGCACAUGGAUUGUCUACAGAAACUAAAUUCGUUGACGCACUAGCAAAAUAUGACUUGAAAUGGAAGAAAUACAUUUCAGCUGGUACCGUCGAAGAAGCAGUCAUGAAUUUUCGUAAAGGUUACGUAGGGACAGCGGUUGACCUACCAAAAUUUACUCACAGCUGCGUUAAGCACUAUAAAGAGACAGCGAAAAAAAUGAAUCAGAAAGAACUCACCCAAUUAGAGGUGAUAGAGAAGUUGCGUAGUAUUCAGGGAUUCGAAUGUGUGCCAGAAGACCUUUUCAAAGCAUUAUACAAGGGGGCGGUUUCACUUGCCAACAACGUUCAGAGGCUCCUAACAAUUACUCAUCAGAGAAGAUCCUAGGCAUGCUGAAAGUGGCAGAAGGCCCAAGUCCUUGAGGAGUUGAGGAGAUGGAAAGAAGAAGAUAGAAGAGAAGAACAGAGAGAGUAGAAGAAAAAGAUGCUGUAUUCCAUCAUCUUUUCUUGGUUGUUUUGAUUAAACUUUUGCCAUCAGGUUUGUUGUGAUGGGAUUCUUUGGGUUCUUAAUCUGCGUUUUUUGAGCUCAAAUUAGUGAAAAUGUUAAUGGUGACAUGCAAUCCAUGAAUUUAUGACUC